GUUUUGCCACACGGACGUACCAAUCCGUCCAAAGAUCCCUUCCAUCAGCUCAUUUUCACAUUUCCGCUCAUCCAGUACAAUGGCCGCCAACAACCUCUUUACGCCCAUCCAGCUCGGCCGCACGCUCGCUGCCAACCGCAUGCUCAUGGCGCCGCUCACCCGUGCUCGUGCGACGCCCGGCGACCACAUCCCGUCGGACGCCAUGGUCCAGCACUACGCUGACCGCGCAUCCUCGGGUCUUCUCAUCACCGAGUGCUCGAUGAUCGCACCCAAGACGUCGGCCUUCUACUCGGAGCCCGGUGUGCACACGCCCGAGCAGUUGGCGGCGUGGAAGAAGGUCACGGACGCGGUCCAUGCCAAGGGCGGCAAGAUCUUCUGCCAGAUCUGGCACUCGGGUCGUGCCGCGCACCCGGACCUCAACGACGGCGCCGAGCCCGUGGGUCCGUCGCCGAUCGCGAUUGACGGCACGGUGCAUGGUCCCAACGGCAAGGUGCCGUACGUCGUGCCGCGUCCGCUCGAGAUCAACGAGAUCGCCGACAUCGUGCAGCUCUAUGCGGCGGCGGCGCGCAACUGCGUGGACGUGGCGGGCUUUGACGGCGUCGAGAUCCACGGCGCCAACGGGUACCUCAUCGAUCAGUUCCUCAAGGAGAGCUCCAACACGCGCACGGACGCGUAUGGCGGGUCGCGCGAGAACCGCGGUCGCUUCCUCCGCGAAGUUGUGACGGCCGUCGUCGACGCGAUCGGUGGCGACCGCGUCGGCAUCCGCUUCUCGCCGCUCAACAGCUUCAACUCGCAGAAGGACUCGAACCCGGAAGAGUUUUCCGAGUAUGUGGCCAAGGCCAUGAACGACUUUGACCUGGCGUAUGUGCACGUGCUGCGCGGCGACUUUUUCGGCAAGCAGACGGGCGACGUCGUGCCCAUCUUCCGCAAGCACUACAAGGGCACGCUCGUCUCCAACGCGGGGUACUCCAAGGAGGAGGCCGAGGAGGCCAUCGCGUCUGGCAAGGUCGACGCCAUUGCCUUUGGCACGGCUUGGCUCGCCAACCCGGAUCUCGACACGCGCUUCAAGCUCAACGCGCCGCUCAACACGCCCGACUCGUCCACGUUCUACACGGGCGGCGCCAAGGGCUACAACGACUACCCGUUCUUGUCGUAGAUGACCUUUUGGGACAUUGCUCCACUGCAACACUAAUAAUCUAUAUCCACUGUACACCAA